AUGUCAUUCACACCUCCUAAAUAAUCAAGCAAAACUCAAUAAAUGAUAAGUUAACCAUUUGGAAACAAAUUCUAAAAAACAUUCAGUGAUAUCGAGAUGCAAUGUGUAUAAAGAAAGUUAGAUUUUGGUGAAAUGGAUUUACAAAUAAAAAAAUCUAUAAGUACUUUUAGGAUAAAUAAAAUACACAAAUCAACAAUUGGAAAACUUAGAUGA